GUUUGAUGUUUAUUAUAGACUCUACCCAUAAGAAUUUUAACCACAUUCCGGUAAAAAUCAACUUUCGGUAUCAGUUUAGACGGGUAUCACGGUGCCUGAUCGCUGACAGACCAGCACUCGAGUAGAUAUGGGUGAUCAUGGUGAUGUUGGGAAUAUUUUGGAGGCAUGCAUGCUUCUUGACCAGAGAUUAUCAGAGGCGUAUGAUAUAAAGCGCAGGGUUGAUUUAAUUUUGGAACAUCUUGAUUUAGUUGAAAGUAGACUGAAAGUAAAAUGUCCUCAGUUCAAACCAGGUUUAGAAUGGAUGAAUGUUAGCAAUCCCUUGAUGCUUAAUGAUCAACUGAAAGGAAAAUUAGUUAUCCUAGAUUUCUUCACAUAUUGUUGCAUCAAUUGCCUUCAUAUUUUACCUGACUUGGUUGCUUUAGAAGAGAAGUACACAGUCCAAGAUGGUGUGGUUGUUGUAGGUGUUCAUUCUGCAAAAUUUGACAAUGAAAAAGUCUCAGCAAACAUUGUUAGUGCCAUAUUACGUUACAAUAUUGACCAUCCUGUUGUGAAUGAUAAUGAUGCUACCCUCUGGAGUGAGUUGAUGAUACAGUGCUGGCCAACAAUUGUGGUCCUUAGUCCAAGUGGAUGUAUUCUCCAGUUCUAUGUAGGUGAAGGCCAGAGAGACAGGCUUAUGGAGUUUAUACAUCAGUGUGUGCUGUACUAUAAAGAGAAAGGCAUGCUCAGUAAUCAUGAUAUACCCCUGGAGUUGGAGAAAAAAAAGAGAAGUAACACUCCUCUGAAGUUUCCUGGUAAGGUGUGUGUCAGUGAUACAGGACAGGAAAUAGUUGUCAGUGAUACAGGACACAACAGAAUCCUAGUUCUGUCCAAGGAAGGCAUAGUUCAGCACUGUGUAGGUGGAUUGGACAGAGGGUUUAAAGAUGGAAAAUUUUCACAAUGCCGUUUCGAUUCUCCACAAGGUGUAGCAAUGAAGGGUGGUGCUAUUUAUAUAGCUGAUACAGAAAAUCAUACCAUUAGGAAGGUAGAUAUACAGAGAGAAGAGGUGACAACAAUAGCAGGAUUGGGCAUGAAGAAAUAUGGGGAAGAGGGAGGAGUUCUUUGUACAGAGCAGAAGUUUUCUUCUCCAUGGGACCUUGUUAUUGGUCCUUCUCCAGAUGGACAAGCAGACUCAGUUUUGUUUAUAGCAAUGGCUGGGAGUCAUCAAAUAUGGGCCUACUUUCUUGUUGAUGUAAAAUGGUACAAGGAGGGAGAGUUUAAGCAAGGUACCUGUGUUCCUUUCGCUGGUAGUGGAAACGAAGAAAACAGGAACAACAGUUACCCUGAGAAAGCAGCUUUUGCACAGCCCUCAGGGCUGACCCUAGGAUAUGCCAAGGAAGAGGCCUUUCUAUUUAUUGCAGACAGUGAGAGUUCUACAAUAAGGAGUGUGUCACUGAAGGAUGGUGCUGUUAAGCAUCUAGUUGGGGGAGAGAGAGACCCAAUGAACCUAUUCGCAUAUGGUGAUAAAGAUGGUAUUGGGAUUGAUGCAAAGUUACAGCAUCCUCUUGGUGUUGCCAUGAUACCCGACUCUAGUUCUCUUUUGGUUGCAGACUCUUACAACCAUAAGUUAAAGCUUGUUGAUAUCAGUAAGAAGAUGUGUACUACCAUAUGGGUUAAAGAAAAGGAGGUGAAACUGAAUGAACCAGGUGGUCUGUCUGUGGAGAUGACCAAGGGAGUGGCCUACAUUGCUGACACAAACAACCACAUCAUUAGAAUACUAAAUAUAAAGGACAGGGUUUUCAGUCAGUUGCCUGUAAUUUUCUCAGAUGACAGAGAAGAUAGGCAGGUCAUCAAUUUGUCAGACAUUUUGAAGCCAGGAAAGCAAGUAGAGAAAAAUGAAGUUUGUAAUGUUGCUCCUGGUUCUGAAGCCAAAGUAAGCCUUCUUCUAGACUUGCCAUAUGGAAGUCAUGUGACUGCUGAAGCCCCAAGCAGUUGGAUUGUUGUGAUACAAGGUUCUCCAUCUGAAGCCUCAGGUAACAGCUUUUUUUCAAAAAAAGGAACACUGUCCGGAAAAUCUCCACAACAUCUGUUUUCUUGGAAAGUACCAAAUACCAUGAAAUCUACCUUUUUUAUUUACCUAAAAUGCAAAGUGUUUUAUUGUGAUGAGAGUAAAGUGUGUGGAAUGAAGGAAAAAAACAUUGUACAGGAAUGCACUGUUGAAGGUGAUGCAAAAAGUGAAAGUACUGAAGUUCAGUUUAUAUUCCGUGUAUAAAUAGUUGCUUUAAAUUCUUAAGAUUGCUUUUGUUCAGUUCACCUGAGAUGAAGGCUUUAAGACAUUGGCAAGGUUCCUGGCUUUCGUAUAGAAAUUUUCAAGAACUCUUUAGGUGUUAUGGUACUAAACGUGUUACAUUCUGGUACAUAUAUCCCACCAAGCCAUCCUUCCUUUUUAUACUCCCGCAAGUUUAGGGGGAUAUAUUGGAAUCAGCGUGUCCAUCUGUCUGUAGACGGGAUUUCGUCCUGACCUGUUUUCAAAGAUUAUUGAAUGGAUUUGUCUGAAAAUUUGUGCACUCAUUAUCCAUCAUAUAAAGAUAUGUACCUGGUAUUUUCAUCCUGAUUGAAUAAUUUUUCUGCAUUUUACAGGUGUUUUUUAAUAUUUCUUACGUGAUUUUGUCCAAACCUCUUCCCGGAGACUAUUGCUUGGAUUUGACUAAAAAUUAUUCACUCAUUAUUCACCAUAUAAAGAUGUGCACCUGGUAUUUUCAUCUUGAUUUGAUAAUUUUUCUGCAUUUUCAUGUUUGUUUUUUUUUUUUCAUUUUAUUGACAUAGUCAUAUUGGACUCAUGUAGGUUUGAGACUUAGAAUCUAGAACUGCCAGUUGGUACAUCUGUACUAAAAUGUAACUUCAGCUUAAGACCAGUCAUUAAAUUUUUUUAAAAAAUAACACCAAGUAUUAAAAACAGUUGUAUGGUCAACAAAUCUAAGAGUCAUGCUGUAACCUUAUUUUUUAAAAAAUGAGUCAAGAUUACACAAUUUUAUUUUUCAUCAUAUAAAGCUUUGUAACAAAUUAAAAAAAAAAUUGUUUCCAACAGAAUGACAUAAAUAUGCAUUGUUAUUGUACUAAAGACUACAAAGCAGAUUGUGCAAAUCCAUUUAUCCCUUGGAAGUAAUGAGUUAACAUGCAUUCGGUAAAAGAUUGAUUAAUGAGUUCAAUGUAGGAAGGCUAGCUGUCUUAAUCAUUUCUGUUAGAGCAUCUCUGAUCAAGCAGGUUUUAUCAUACAGAUAACCUGCUUGAUCCUUUUGGAAUUGGGCAGAACUGCCCUCUUUCUUGAUUGCAGUGUAUAGCAUUAUGUCACUUGAUGGCCAGCCUUUUAUUUUCAAAAUUAAUUUGGUAUAGAUUAAGUUAUUAUACCCCACCCCCCCCCCCCCCCCCCCCGGGAAAAAAAAUUUGGGGGAUAUAGGGAUAUAGAGGAAUCAUCUUGUCCGUCUGUCUGCCUGUCUGUGCAAACGUGGCCGGUCCAUAUCUUUCUUACGGAGGAACAUUAGAAUCUACUGCUUCACACAAAGAUUGCUCAUGACAUGAGGGUGUAUCAUGACCUUGACCCAAGGUCAUUUGGACAAGUUCAAGGUUACUGAACGGAAAAGUUCAUAAUUCUUGUCUGUAUCUUUCUUAUGGGUAAACUUUGUGAGUUCCUAUUUACACAAAGAUUGCUUAUGACCUGAGGGUGUGUGAUGACCUUGAUCCAAGGUCAUUUCUGCAAGUUCAAGGCACUGACAGAAAAAGUUCAUAAUCCAUGUCGGGUCCGUAUCUUUCUUAUGGAGAAUUAUGUUGGGAUGUUCGGAGUUUCCAUUUCACAUGAAGAUUGCUUUUGACCUGAGCGUGUGUCUUGAUCUUGACUUAUACAUGUAGUCACUGUAGAAAAAAUGGAUAAUAUUAUUAAUGCAUCAAAUUCCAUCAAUACUUGAAAAAUUGUUUGCUUCAAUUUUUCACGUUAUAUCAUUAUUUUUGUGACACAUUUAGAUGUUGUAAAAAUGUGUGAAUAAAAGGUUCA